GCGAAUGACCAGUAGUUUCUCCUAAUUCCACCUCCGUCACCGGGCGUCGCGACAGGACAACACGAGACACACGCGCAUCAAGCUUUCUCUGCGUUCUCCUGAUUAUCGAUAGACUCAACAUCCGCAUCACGAUACUCUCCUUAUAGACGACCACCAUGAACAACGACCUCGAAGCCAAAAUCGUAGUGCUUGGUAGCCAAGGGGUCGGCAAGACAUCCCUCGUGCACAGAUAUGUCAAAAAUGCAUUCGUACCACCAACGACAAUGUCCACCAUAGGCGCAUCGUUCUUGACGAAGAAGGUAGUAGACAUAGAUACAUCCACCAUUGUACGUCUACAAAUCUGGGACACUGCAGGGCAAGAAAGAUUCAGGAGUAUAUCAAAGCUUUACUAUCGAGGUGCUAAUGCCGCUGUUCUCUGCUACGACAUCACCGACCCAACCUCCUUCGAGGAAAUGGGCCGCUGGUUCAAAGAACUAAAGGCUAACCUCGGCUCCGACAUCAUCCUUCACGUUGUCGGCACAAAAAGCGAUAUCGUCGCGCGAGACCCUUCCCUCCUCAAAGUGCCUUUCGAGCGCUGCAUCGCAUAUGUCGCAGAGAACCUUUUCCCACCAACACAAGCACAGCAAGGCAGAGACAAGGACGACAAUGCCGCGCUUGCGUCACCACAGAGUAACCGCAGCAGCGGAUUCUGGGGGCAAGACGUUGGAUGGGAUUGUUGUCACGAGAUAAGUGCGAAAGAUGGGGAGGGCGUGGAAGAAGUCUUCAGGGUCAUAACGCGGAAGCUAGUCGAGCAACGAAAUAAGAAGAUGGAAGAAGACGUGGCAUUGUUCUCUGGUAUGACUCCCGGUAUCAAUGGGAAUGUCAACGGAUACUUUGAUCAUCCCGGUGCGGGAAGUGGGAGUUUUAGAUUGGGCAUGGGGGAUAAACGGCGAAGUUGGCUGGGCUUUCCGACCACCCCGGCGGUAGGGGGCACAACUGAAGAGGAGUGGCAAGCGGAUAUGGAAAGGAUCAGGUCGAAGGAAGGUGGGAAGUGUUGUUGAUGCAUUUGAGCGUGUCGUAGGCUGCAUGGGAGCGA